AUGGAUUUGAGUCAAGCCGAUAGCUCUGAUAUGCCCGAGGACCCGGCGGAUAUCGAGACCUUCCCCGACGUAUGGUUCUAUCCGGAACAGCUACGAGAUGGCCUUGAAGUACCCGAUCUCUCCGAGGAAACUAUCCAGGAGGCGCUUGCCUGCGCCUACGAAUAUCCCAGAAGUGUCAUACCCGAGUGGAAGGACAAUGCGAAAUACAUAGCAUUCACAAAAACCAUUAUAAUCGCCGUCGUCGCAGAGUUCCGCGGCGACUUAGUGCCGCAAGACGGCAGCAGUAUCUUCCUCGGCUACGAUCUAGAAGGGCUUCUAGACAGUCUAUUUAGUAGCGACACCGAGCUACGCGCCGCCAUAUCUCGCGAGUUUCGAGCUUUCCUGCUCCUCUCCGUCGAGAAAUCCAGCAAAAGACUCGACUCGGAAUUAUUCCGUCGCUAUCUAUGCGCGCUAACAGAGUCGCCCCAGACCUGGUUCCGGCUCCGCGACUGCGACGCCCUGGUUCGGUACACAAUCGCCAGUGCACUAUCGUGCAACGAGUCUGUCGACGUCAUUUUCAGUGAGGAGCAGUGGCGGCUUAUCGGAGAGCUGUGUUGUACGCUGUACGACGCCGUCGCUUUCCACAAGCAUCGAGCGGAGGGCGAGACCAACAGCACCUUCGGGUAUUUCGACGCCCACACGCGCGUCAAGAGCUUCCAGCUAUACCGUAUGGUUCUUUGGGCUAUCGACGUCCCAUGGGCCACCAAUCCCGCCAAGCGCUGCGUCGUCAAUUUCUUGCGUUUCUUCGGAGGCCCUCUCCAUAUGAUGACGCGGAGGUACCGCUUCGUCGAGGAUGGACUGCGGAUCGGCAAGCCAGAGACGGAGCAAGUGGUAGAGCUAACCCGUGCCAACUUCAAACUCUGGAACAGGGUCGAGGAGACGGUCGCACAGCUGAAAUAUGACGGACAGUACGCAGACUUUGUUGCGCAGUCUGACAAGCUAAUGUUCGAUGGAUUCUGCGACCUUCUGCAGCGCAGUGGCAGUCGGGAGUGUGCCAACUGCACGUUCAUAGUAACAGGCACUACCAAGGAUAUUCGGCAAUUCGGAGGCAUCCAGCUGUGUCCGAGCGAGUAUCUCUAG